AUGACCAUGAUGCCCACCGAAGCAGCUCCAGGUCAAUAUCACCGUCCUAGCUUCCUCAGCAAGGAAUGGAUAUAUUACGCUGAUCCGAGCGAAGCGCCGAAACCGAGGACGAACUAUGGUAUGGAACCUGAUGACGGCCAUCCGCGGUUCCUGCACGGAAUUCUCAUCCUAGCGAAGAAAGACUAUCGCUUCUCGAUACCUCCAGGGUGGCAUCCGCAUGACCUGAAGUGGACGGAUGCGUGCGAGUCGUCACUUAUAGUGAAAAUCAAGGACUACAAGAUUCCGAGGAAUGGUAGGCUUGAGUUUAGGGACAUGGUGAUGGACCUUCCAGGAGACACACCGCCGAAGAGAUCCCGCAGCUUCGAUGUUUUCACUUGUAACGGUGACGGGAUAUACCCGGUGGAGAUCAUUAAAGAUGAUCAAGGGGUAUUUCCGCGGACCAGACGCAGCAGCGGCUGCGUCGGAUUUAUUGUUCUUGGCGUUGUUGAACAGCGUGAUGACGAGGACGGAGGGGAUAGAUAUCUCUGGUGGCUCGCGUGGCGGGGGCGGCACAGGUAG